AACGAGGCUACUGCCACGGUUCGGAAACCAGAUGGUGAAGGCAAAGGGUGCAGACUUAAGCGGGCUGCGACACCAUUGUUGAGUCCAUUCACCGAUCCCUCCAGGAAAAAGAGGAAGGUUACUGAUUUGCAUGCACAGACACCUCAGCCCCGUUUUGAUCCAACAAAACCCGUGGCCAUGGACGAUGUGAAGGCUAUCAUACAACUUUGCAGGGCUUGGAAAACUGACAUCAGUGCGGAGCUGGAGCUCGAACCAUUUGAAGUUGGGGCAGAUUUUUUUUUACAAACUGUUAGAUGAAACUGCAUGGAUGAGCUCGAGGCACCUUGACAUGGCCAUGUUUCUAAUACGCAAAAGACAACUCUCUCAUCCGCAACUAUUUGGAAGGGAGUGGACAACCGCCGAGUUUUGUCUGCAGCAAUUUUUACAGCCGUUUGCAAUGCCAAGUGGGAAACGAGUCACGAGGAAACAAUCUGCUGCAAGCACCGUUCACCCUCCCCCUAACUACCUCAAAAAUGUACACCACUUUGUCAAUGGGUCAUGGCAACAUGGGUAUGCGCAAGCAUGGACGAAAGUGCGCAAGGUCUAUCUCCCGUAUAAUGUUCGACAGUCCCAUUGGGUGGCAGUAGAAGUCGACUUUGUGCGACAUACUGUCACUGUCUAUGACUCGUAUUCUGAUUUUACCUCCAACAGUAUGCUUGUCCGAUUCAUGGAGCCUAUUACCCAUACGCUUGCAAAGGUGCUGCAUGAAAUGAGGUUUUAUGAGAAAUCGGAGGUUGAAGCGGUGAAGAGAAAGGGGACUGACAUGUCAAACUUUAACCCAUUCACAAUUUGCAGAAUUUCCGAUGUUCCUCAACAAACUGAUGGUACUUCAUGUGGCAUUAUGACAGUCAAAUUUAUUGAGUACCUUAGUGCCGGCAUUCCUUUACAUACCAUUGACCCAUCGAAGUUUGGCUACUACCGAUUGAAGCUUGCAAUCGAGGCUUUGAGGGGGGAGGCCUAUGUAUGAGGUGGUCCUUCCAGCUUCAUACCCAUAUUGACAUCUCAGAUUCUGUACAUGGAUGUGAAAGAAGUUGCAGGCUGUUUUGUCGUAUUGUGAAUCUUGAAACUGCCUAAGCAGUUUUUGCGUAACAUGGCACAAUUUUUGACAUUUUGCUCACCACGCGAUAAAGUGGGGUGCUUUUGUAGUAGGUUGCAGGGUGUUAUUUAUGUAACGGAAUUCAACUGUACUUGUCUUCCAUGGUAGAAGGGCUGUAUUCACUUUCCUUUGUUAGAACUAAUUGUUGACAUUCUGUGCUUAAGAAAUUCCUGUAAAUCCAUAAUUUGGCACACGUUGCAGCGAAAUGCAAUUUUUUGGGGCCACCCACAUUGUAGCUUU